AUGCCCGGAACAGUGGCUGAUGGGCCAACAGUGGCCAUGUCCUUUGCCAACAACUUCUGGGGCAAGGAUGACGCAGGUGUUGGGCCCAUGCUUGAACGCAUGCACACUGCCAAAGUUUCUUGUGAUGAACUUAAGACGUUCUAUAACAUCCGUGCUGCCAUUGAAGAGGAAUAUGCGCGCAAGCUUCUGGCUCUUUGCCGAAAACCUCUCGGGUCGACCGAGUUAGGCUCCCUUCGAUCGUCCUUCGACGUUGUCCGCGGCGAAACAGAGGCCAUCGCUAAGGCACACGGAGCUAUAGCGGGACAGAUGAAAAGGGAGCUGGAAGAACCACUGGUAGCGUUUGCUGGUGGAUCGAAGGAGAGAAGAAAGAUCAUACAAACAGGGAUCGAGCGUCUGCUAAAAACCAAGAUGCAGCAGACUCAAACAGUGAAUAAGACCCGGGAUCGAUAUGAGCAAGACUGCCUAAGGAUCAAGGGAUAUCUCGCCCAGGGACAUAUGGUCAUGGGACAGGAAGAACGCAAAAACAAAGCAAAGCUGGAGAAGACGCAGAUACAGCUGGCCUCCAGCAGCAGUGAGUAUGAAGCUGCCAUUAAAGUGCUCGAAGAGACCACUGGUCGCUGGAAUAAAGAAUGGAAAUCAGCCUGUGACAAAUUCCAAGACCUCGAAGAGGAAAGACUCGACUUUACUAAGAGUAGCCUGUGGGCUUAUGCGAACAUUGCAUCUACUGUUUGCGUUAGCGACGAUGCUUCGUGCGAAAAGAUCCGCCUUUCUCUAGAAAACUGUGAGGUUGAGAAGGAUAUUGUAUACUUCAUCAAGGAAAGGGGAACUGGCCAGGAUAUCCCAGACCCUCCCCGAUUCAUUAAUUUCUGCCGGGGUGAUAUCAACGAUACGAGCUCGGAGGUCUCGGAAGAAGAUGGCUUUUCUGUAGCCCAAUUCCAGCGUACGAUCAACCCAGCGUUUCGCAGUUCUUCCCCGCAACCGUCGACUUAUGAAUCACAUCACGACCCUCAGUCCGACCUGGCAAAUCAGAUGGCUCAUAACAACCCUCCUACGCCUACAAGCAGGGAAACUACCGUCACUCCGCAGAAGCCGACUCAACAGCCAGCGCCCUUGGAUCUUCGCCGAGGUGGUCAACUGCCGCCGAACUACGACCCCAGCGAGCAUGGAGAGAUUGGCAGUGUACCUCACAAUGCGUAUCCAACGGAUGCUCCUAGUUCUAAUUACAGCAGCGCAUCUGUGGCGACUCCGCCCCCGGCAUAUAACGACUCUUCGGUGAAACGUCUUGAUGCCCCGCAGCCCGCCUUCACGUCCGCGCAAAUGCAGAAGACGACGCAGAAGUACACAGGACAAACGCAUAACAUGCUUCGUGGUAGCGGCAACACCUCUGGACUUGCAACUAGAAACCGUGCACAAUCAGACGCACCUCGUGCCAGAUCUCCUACCCCAAGACGAAGCGCAAGUCCUCAAGUCAACAGCCCCCGCGUAGAUACCCGCAUGAGUCAGUACAGCAGAGGACCAAGCAGAGGACCAAGCCCGAGCCCAAGCACAUAUCAAUCCAGCAGCAUGAGAAGUCGGUUCAGUCAGUCACCGACUGUAUCUACCCCGCCCCAGCGGCCAGCUGAUGUAGCAUACUCGCCCCAUGAGUACCCAAGGCGAACUUCUCCAAAUCCCAUGAGCCGUGGCGUUUCACCGCAGCCACAGUUCAGGCAACAGGCCCGUCCCUCGAGUGCUGGAGGUAUGGAGUUGCAGCUCGCCAAUCAAGUCGACAUGUACGGAGGUGACCACGGUUCGCCAAGGCAAGCUGGAAAACCAGGAUCCUUUUAUGACGCAGGAAGCCAUAGAAGCAGGUCCAGGAGCAGGACCCUGGCCGUUGCGGAUCCUGGCAGACAGUUCAGCCGGGAUGGUCGCCCCAUUCUCCACUUCGCCCGAGCCAUGUACAGCUAUACCGCUGCCAUCCCAGAAGAACUGGGUUUCACCAAAGGUGAUGUUCUAUCGGUCAUUCGACUUCAAGACGACGGCUGGUGGGAAGCUGAAGUUACUACCACCCGUGGACGGACCGGUUUGGUCCCCAGCAAUUACUUGCAAAUUAUCUAA